CAAAUGCAAGUGUAAGUCAAUUUGACUUUUCUAUUUUCCCAUUUUCCCAUCUUCCAUUCUAUACUUUUCUUCUACUCUCUCCCAAUCCUGUUUAUCAUGAUAUUACCAUGAUAUUACCAUGAUAUCACCAUGAUAUUACGGGAGAUUUGCCUUCCUUCGGACAACCGUCGGUGGUUCUCGAGAUGGCAAUGAUCGGACGUAUCCUUCUACAUAGUAUUGUAUUCACUUCCCUAGUCCUACCCUCGUGUCAAGGAACUUAGUCAAGCCACUUAAGACAUAUUAAACAUCAUCUAUUUAUCAAUUUGCCAUCGCACAAUCCCGCAUUCACAUGUAUUUUCGGCCAAGCUCUUAAGAAGCCAAUACACGCGGCACCACACGGUCUAAGGGGUUACUGUUACUUAAUGGGCAUGGUUUGACUGAUGCGGUUCUUAGCGAAUGUGCCAAUCUUUCAUGGCACCACCAGUCACCUUGACUCCCACCCUCAUUCCCCGCACCCCACACAAGCGGAAACUCAGAUUGACCAGACUAUAUCAUCAACUGGGGCCGGCCCAGUUAGAAGACUCUCUGCCUCUUCACCCAAGAUGUUGUUCUCAGAUUUGUAUAAGUCGACUAAAUCCCCCCUCUCGAGGUUACGGCAUCACUCACAUCCGGCCCCUGCGGCUCUGGAUUAUGAUCCCGAUCUCGUGAGUCGAGAUAAAGCCAAGCAAAAAGAAGCUAUUAAGCGCGUCCUCGCGGCUAAGAUACGUAAUGAUUGGCACUUCGAAUGGCCGCCUGCAGCUGUCAAUCCAGACCCGGGACAUGCUGAAACAGAAACGGCACCUGACGGGCACGAUGACGGUAUUGUCGUAGAAGAUAUCGAUUCGGGAGACGAUACUGCUUCGGUGUAUAGCACCGUUUCGGAGGAUCUUACUCAUUUUCGCCCUAGGUCUGAGUGGCUAUCGGAUAUGCCCGAUGACGACGACGACGACAUCCCUGUAUCACCAUCCGCAUAUCGUUUUGAUACUCCAGAUGCGGUUGGCACUUCGGUGAAGGUAGCAGCCCUCGCUAAGAGCGCCAGGCGGAGGAGGGCCGUGCGUUCUGAAAUGGAAUGGAAUGAUGGGCUUGCUUGCUUCAAUGCUCGGCGAGACGCUUGGACGGGUGCAAAAGCAGCUCGAAUCCGUCCAAAGGCGACUUCCCCAGCGGUUAGCUCCCCUACCGCAAAGCGUCUUUCUUGGUGGCAUAUCUCGACUUCACCGUCGCCCUCGUCGCCUACGGAAUCGAUUGGUGCCGGCACAACGCUUAGCCCUAGUGCGACGCGUACAUCUGGCGACACUACUGCGGUGUCCUCGUCGGAUGCGGAAUUCAGAGAGACAAGGACCAGAUGUGACUCAUCUACUUAUCCGGUAGAGACCCUGGUUCCCAUACCCCAACCUCUUUUGCCUCCUGCCACUCCUAUGCGUGCCUCUAUCACCGUGGCUGCGUAUCCUACUAUUUACGAUAAGAUCGUAGUUCAAUCUGCAACACCCUCGUGUCCUGUUAACCUAGGAGACGUAGUACGUUCCUGCGUGGCCGGUUGGAAACGAGAUGGCGAGUGGCCCCCUCGAGGUACCGAUCCUCCACCCGUCGUAGCAAUUCGUAGGAAGAAGGACAGCAGCGCGGGAGGCAGAAAUAACGCACCGAAAAGCAACGCGUCUAAGAGGAUGAGCUUUAGUUUUCUAGGGCGAAGACAGAGCGUAGGUGGGGACCAAAACAACCUAGCAGAAAGUACAUCGCAUCCAGAGAAAGAAGAUGCUAGCCAUACAACUGGCAAGGUUUUUAGGAAAGGGUUACAGCGCGUGUUAGGCCUUGGACACGGGGGAACGUUGGGCAGCACGGGUAAUCAAGCGGGUAUUGCUAUGUGAUGGACGUGGAUUAAUGGGAACGAAUUAAUACCCAAGAAGUCGAUGUCGCAGAAGGUUAGGGGAGGGACAAAGGAGUAUUGGACAAUGGCGACAUAUCCGCUAGGGCUGUUAGGAGGAAACGCGUUCUCGGCAUCUUGGCAAUAUACCCAGCAUCGCUUUCGGCGUUUACUUAUUUUACU